AUGGUAGAGUGUAAAAUGAAGGGAACUAAUAUGAGGACUGUACCGUACCUAGGGAUUUAUAAUAGCGAUCGAUACUUCAUUUUGAAUAAUGACACAGUGAUCGAUGAAAUUCAUGGCGAUUUGCCUAGAAUUCUAGCAGAAAAUUUAGUAAGGAUUAGUGAUCAGAUAAAAAAUGCUGAUGAAGUGGAGUAUUACACGAUAGUUCAUGAUGGGAAAGAGCUGAAAUAUUCAUACCCUAGUGAAGUUAUUAUGAAUUUAGUAAUGCAUCCUUAUGUUUUUUAUAAUAUACACCCAGGUGCAGACUGCAAAACAGAAAUAAAAUGCGGACUUUAUCUACCAGAUAGCGAAAUUGCUAAUAAAGGAAUAAAAAAUGCAGACCAUGAUUGGCUCUGUAUAGACCCAAAUAUCUUAAACUCUAAUUUAUUUCUGCAUUAUCACCCAGGCGCUGACGAAUCUAUUUGCUUUUCGCCAAAUAAUGGUAGAAUAAGAUUUUUGACGACCUUCCCUGCUCAUGUAUUUUUUACAUUAUCUAUGAUUCCUUUUGGAGAUAAAUAUCCAAGAAUCUUGAUAUGUAAGCAUGUUUUACUGAUUGAUGACUCAGUGAUGGGGCUAAAUAUCGCAAAUUUAGCCUUAAAUGGAAUUCCAGAAAUAAAAGAUGAUGCUAUUAAAGGGGUUGUCCAAAGAUUUUGUAAUUGUUUACCAGAAUAUACAGAAGAGUUCAGCGAUAUCGACAGAAUAAUCGAGCUUGUCUAUAGCAGAAAGGAAAAUUUUGAGCAAGUAAAAGAGUUUUGGUAUGGAAGACUUUUUUAUUAUAUAUGGAAAUUAGAUGGGAUGAAAGGAGAUAUGAAUUAUGGGAGAAAUGAAUAUAAAAAGCUUUUAGAUAAGAGCAAGCAGAUUGGCAAAAACGAAGACGGAAAUUUUGCUACUGAAGCACUAAUUAGAUAUACUGAAGAGCUUAUAAAGCAUAUCAUUUAUUGGCUGGAAGACAUCUAA